AUGUAUACACCAUGUGGUUUUUAUGUCAUGUUGAUGGGAAUGUUGCUUCUCCUUGUUUGUGGAGCGGAUGGUCUUAAAAUUGGUGUAAUACCAUUUCCUCAAUCUACCAGGUUCACUCCAAUGUUGGCUAUUAUCAAGGAAUUGCUUAUUCGCGGACAUGAAUUUGAGGUCUACGUUCCAGAGGAGUUUAUGAGUAACUGUCUUAGGGAAGUGAAUCAACGGUGUGUCACCGUUGGUACGUACAAUGGUUCUUACAGCUACCAAGAAACGUUAACAAAAACGCAUUUUAAUUUAAAGUGGGUAAUUUCUUUUUUUUCAAUAGAAGGUUCCACUAGAAAUUUUAAUAUGUUUUUUGAAUCUGCGCUCAAAAAUACUUUGCAAAAGAAUAGUUUACUUCCCGAUGUUGUACUAAUGGAUAUUGGUUUAUGGGAUGCCGAAAAAGUUCUUAAUGAAUUUCAUAUACCAACUAUUUUUCUCUGGUCAUUGACUCAGUGGCCCGCUCAGAUGAACCCUUCAUUUCCUGCUCGUGGAAGUGGUUUAAGUGUUCAUAUGAAUUUGGUUGAUAGGGCAAAAAAUUAUUUCUUUCAACGGCUUAACUACUGGAUCACACGAAUUCGAAAGAGAGGAGAGGCGAAUUCUGGCGAUUCUCUUGAGAUUAUUUUAUAUGAAAGGCAUAUCAUUACUCCAUUUGUUUUUGGAAUUGAUACUCCUCAACCGUAUUGUCCGAAUGUGCAUCCCGUUGGAUUUUUGUUUCCACCUGUUGAAGGGUUAUUAGAUAUUAAUACCGAUUUGAAAUUGUGGAUGAAUAGUUGCUCUAAUGGUAUUCUUUUCAUUAAUCUAGGACCUAUUUCUAUGUUGCCUAAUAGCUGGAAAAAUAAUAUAGAUAAAUUUAUUAUUCUCUCUAUAAAAAAAGCGGGUAUAUGUGUUUUAUGGGAGACUUAUGGUGCUCGUAAUACUCGUUCAUUAAAAGAAGAAAAUGGAAAAAACUUCAAAAUAAUUGAUCAGUUCCCUUUCUCUUCACGUUCUUUAUUAAGUCAUAAAAAUACCAAGGUAUUUUUAACUAAUUGUGGGAACUUUUCUGUUUAUGAGAGUAUUGAAAGUGGUAUACCAUUAGUUGGACUCCCUCUUCUUCCAGAGCAAACUGAUAUGUGUGCGAGGGUAAAAGAUGCUGGUGUCGGUAUUGUAUUGAACAAAUUUCUUUUUAAUCCUUAUCAACUCUUUGAUGCUGUAAUACAAGUGAUAAAUAAUUCUCAAAUGAAAGAAAAACUUUUGAGUAUUAAUAGAAUGGGUCAUGUUUUGGGUGGUUCUAAAAGGGCCACUGAUAUUAUCGAACAAGUAGGAAUAUUGGGAAAAGGUACAGAUGUGAUGUUUUGUCGCUGGGCUCGGUUACCAUUAAUUGAGCGACAUGACUUAGAUAUUGUUUUAAUCCUAAGUGGUGUGUGUGCGGCUUUUCUCUUUAUAAUUAUGAAGAUGUGUUCUCGUGGGAACUCUGCAAUAAUAAGUCGCAGAAAGCAAGAUUAG